GGAACUUUCUCUCAAGCGGAACAGUAUUCUGGGGACCAUUUUUAAAGAAGGACCGGAAGAAGCGUGGGGUUACAGCGGGUUACAGAAGAGUUGUCCAUCGCCGCUCUAAGCAUUCUGGAGUCGUUAGAAGUCCGUCCUCACAAGAAUGUUCCGAAGCGCAUCAGUACAGAUACUUAGACAGUUUGUCCGGCACAAGGCGACAGACGCUAGCUACGUAUUAGAGCGAUCCAUAAACAAGGUGCAGGUAUUAGGGCGAGUGGGGCAGGAUCCCAUCAUGAGACAGGUGGAGGGCCGGAACCCUGUCACCAUCUUCUCCGUGGCGACAAACGAGGUGUGGCGCACUGGGGAAGGAGCAAACACAGAAUCAGCUGACGUCAGCCAGAAAACCACUUGGCAUCGGGUCUCUGUGUUCAAGCCAGGCCUGAGAGAUGUGGCCUACCAGUAUGUGAGGAAAGGGGCGCGUGUGUAUGUGGAGGGCAAACUGGACUACGGAGAGUAUGUGGACAAAGACAACGUCAGGCGCCAAGCCACCACUGUCAUCGCAGACAACAUUAUCUUUUUAAGUGAAAAAGGAGACAGAACAUGAAGUUAAUCUCUUUGUCAGAAAGCUGUAAAGCAUCAGAAGAAGCCCCCCCCCCCCCUCCUCAUAUUACAGUAUGUUAUUUUCUUGUAGGAGUUUAGUGCCUGGAGUCCUUGGAGCUGUGAUGGUUUCAAGAUUAUGACUUUGACAUGCCCCCUGUUCACCAACAGGGGGUGCCAAUAUACAGCACUUUGGCCUCGGAACACAUCUGCCACAACAUUAACACACCAAAGUAUUGUUGGUUUGACCAUAUUUUGUUUGGAUCAUGUGAACAGGUCAGCACAUAAUAAGUUAUAAUGAGUUAUAGCUUUUGUUAAAACUGUGGGAAAUCAGUCCAACAAAAAGAUAUAUUUUUUUCCCCUCUCUAAUGUACUAGAAUAUCAAAAUGCAGAAAUGUGCUGCAGUAGGUCUCGAGAAUCCUACAGUUUGUUUUUUGGGUAGCGAUCCUCCAUGAGGAACCAAAUGCUUUCUAAAAGUCAAGUUAAUAUGCUGUGCUCAUAGAUGACAAAAUAACAAACUGGCCAGAUGUCCUCUUGAGUUAUUCUCAGAAUCUCUCGGUUUUGUUUCUCAGCCGUUGGUUUCAAUACCUGUUGGGGGUUGUUUUACGUUGUUUUGCUUUUCAUAGAUGUGAAUAUGGACGUUCACUGAAAUAGCAAAGACCGACUGCUUCUGCGAAAUCUGAUUUAUAUGGAAGCACUUUCAUGUUAGACACAGUUUCUACUGACCAUGUUAACCAAGUCCUUGUAUGUAUUAUGUGAAAUAUAUAUCCCUUUUUUCAAUUA